CACAAACUGAGAUAAGAAUACUCCAACAGAUGAUUGAAGCAGUGGAGACUAGGGAGAGUGACCAGGAGAACAAGUUACAGACCACCCAAAGCCAAGUGGAUAACCUGGCCCAACUAGUCCAGCCACUUACCAGGUCUAUUACAUCACUGGAAACCUGCCAUAGAAGACAAAAUAUACACCUGAGAGGUAUACCAGAGAAGGUUGGAGGGGAUGCCUUGCUACCUUUAAGCCAGUUACUUCCUUCUAUAGGCCUAGAGGGUGGCACCGACCAAACAUUGCCAAUAUCCGCUUUAAGAGUACAUAAAGCAGUAGCCACUCCACCAGGAGCACCCAGAGACACUAUAGCA